UUGGAGGAAAAAAUUAACUUGUGCAUCAAGAGUUAUGCGCCGAUAUCGGAAUUAUUGUGUGGUCACAUUGGUAUAAGUGUUGCUGAGUUGCAGGAAGAAGCUAAUCAAGAUCCGCACUCUUCUAAAGGUUUAGAAUUGCUAAAGACAUAUGGUGCUGCAGCCAAGAUUUACCAAGCCGCCGCACAGGCUGAGGCAGCUGCUAAGAAGGAAAUGUGUGAGAAAUGUGUUUUCGUAAGCAGAAACCAAGAUAAAACUAAGGAGCAUUAUCUCACUGAGUCACUAUAUUGGAAGGCAAAGAUAGUUUUUAUUGAAAAGGUUGAACAAAGAUAUCCUACCGAAUGUGAAAGAAAUUCGUGCUACGUAGUUUGGAUGAAGUACAAGCACGGAACUGACUCCAAGGAAACGCAAAUAGCCCAGCAUCGCGCAGAGUUGGCUCACACAAGGGAGUUUGUUCACAGUAAUAGCUCUCCAUAUUGGAUAAAAUGGGAUAAAGUGAAUGACAAAGCUUGGUUGGUGUAUUAUCAGUUUAGGGCAGAAGGUUAUGACAACAUUGCAGAUGAGCUAGAUAGGUCAAGGAAAUUGUUUUGUGAUCGCAUAAAAGCCAAUGGUGAAGCCCUCUCUAAU